UCUUUCUAGCAAUCUUCCGAAUUCCCCAGCAGGUCGAGCCACCGGGUGCUGCACUUGCUUACCAGCCGUGAAAUGGCAAACGAACGGAAAUACGUGUACGAAGAGAUGCAGGAGGACAGACGCAGAAAUAGAGAGGUACCUACUCGCGGCCGUGGACGAGCAGUGCUCGACGAUGGAUAAAAGCAAAGAGAUAAGAAAAAGAUAAGAUCAGAAAUGAAUGAGUGGGAUGAAUGAAAUAUGCCGCGUAUCUUUAGUAGUAGUAGUAGUAGCGGUAGUAGUGGCAUAGUAGUAUAGUAGUUACGAGCAGAAAACAUUGAUAACCGAUGUGAUUCUAUGUUAUCUAACUUAGGACACAAAAACGUUUUUCUGCGCUAAAAUUACCGCCUUUCUCAAAAUCUGUAUGCAACAAAUAGACGGAUCGCAAGGAUCGCAAUAAAAAGGCUCGAAGCAGCGCAGUCUCUUUCGCAAUAACCACAAAGCAUUGCCCGCGCCUAAAUUCGAACCGCGUCGGUGAACCGAGAAAACUGUCUCUUCCGCGGAUCCGCGCGCACGCAUCUUUCCGAAAAAAAGCUCAGCUUGCGGAGCGACGACAUCGCGCGAAGAACACGGGCACAGGAAGAAUGAGAGUUCGAGACCGCGAAGGAGAGUCGGAGGAACAGGCGAAGUCGAAGAAACAGAAGAAUCGGGGAGAGUAGAGGGCGAGGAAGCAGCGGCUGCUCUCGUCUUGGGCCAAUCUCAAAUUACUCGUGCGCGGCGUGCUGCUCAGAAGUGCGUGCGAGAGGGAGAGAGACGGUGAGAUACUUUGCCCACUAGCCAGCGGCGACCUUUUAUAGGCAGCGGGCGGUAGUGGGGUGAGAAGCAGAGAGUGGAGAAGCAAGCUCGUCUGAGUACCUCGGGAAAUUCAGCGCAAACUGCUGCUUUACCGUUCGACAGAGACUUCGCACUGCACUGGUUAACACGCUCUCUCCCCUCUUUUUCCCUGCAUGCAAGCUCGCUUUGGUCCGCGCCCUCUGCACCGAGAUGAUUAGCUAUUAUUUUUCAUUUAUACAUAUGCUACGGAUGCACUGCGUACUCAACUUCUUGUUCCGUAUGUUAAAAAUGUUAAUGUAACUGAACAAAAUUUCGGAAGAUCAAAUGACAAACUUUAUCAUGCUAAACUCUUAAAUAGGAGCACAUUGUCUGCAUUAAAAUAAGAAAGAAAAUCGGUAGCUCGAUUUUCCUGGUACCACUAUACCAAAGCUACAAAUCAGCCACACAGACGAUGUCGAAGCGAUAAAAAACAACAUGUACAGAAUUCACGUCAGUCAAUGCACAUUGUUCACGCUUUUUGUGUCCCGUCCAUUGACGACAGGUUGGUGACCAACAUCCCGUGCGUUCCAGUAAUUUUUCACGUAGACUCGACAUCAUUUUAUUACAAAGAUUAUAUUUUUUAAAUAAUGUGAACUUUUGAAUUUGUUCAAUAAGCUGUAAAAAUAGUCAAUUAAGAAAAUCAUCCAAAUAGUCAAAAUAUUGUAAAUACCAGUUAGUUAAAUUACUUUUUUGAUCUGCGCUGUUUUUAAUUAUGCUUGUGACGGAUUGUCAAAAUGACAUUGUUUGUAUUGUUACUUUUAUCUGACCUUUGCCUGGGCAAGGAUAGUCUGCGGCGGAAUUAAAUAAUAAACGACUAAAUUAUUUAUAUAUUCGAAUGGUUUACCGACUUUUCAUAACGGCAAAUUCAAUUUGUUUAUAAAAAUAGUGUCUAUCAAUCAGCUAAAUAUAUGACAAUUACUUAUAGCUCGUAUUUUGUGAGAAAGACAGAAUUAACCGUAUAACAAGUAGAAAAAAGCGUUUGAACCGUUGCAACAGAUCCACUUAUAAAAAUAGUUGUGUCAGUCAUACAGCUCUCUUGCCAGUUAGGUGAGUCAACUCUCCCCGUCGAGUUUCCUAGUGAUUUUCUCGUCGGCGCUUCAAUGUGCUUGAAGAUAUUGUUUUUUCCGAGCAAUUUUGGCAAAAGCUCAGGAUGACUGUAUCGAGAAAUUUGUUUACACAUUUUUAUCGACUUGAUCACUGUCACUGAAGAUUCGCUGAGCUGAGAGAAGAUGACACUAUGAGUGCUUAUUAUAUAUCUAUGAUUCACGAGAUGAAAUGUUUGCACUGUUUCGCUGAUAAAAAUAAUUUGUGUUUAGAUACGACAUAGUUUAUUUCGCACAGGCUUUGAUUUAAAUAACACGUUGCAUCAAAAAAAUUAUCGCAGUGAGUCGAGUCAAGUCGUUAACUUUGCUGAGGAGGCUAUAAACAACGAAUGUGAGCCAUUGAAAUCUCCAUCGUCAACAAUCAAGGAUCCUCUUGAAACUUUGUUGGGUACCCUUGAAGAAGCCCCUUGUUAUGCGCGUCCUUCGCAGCCAAUAAAUUAAGAAGUCAUUAAACCGUAAAAUAUAAUCCCCCGUCGACGAUUGAAACCAUAAAAUGCGGCGAUACGCGUAUCCGAAAAUCAUCGUUCCCGACGUAACACUAGCCAUAUAAUCCACAGCUGGCCAGAGCCUGUCUCGUCAAUCAUGCAGCGGCGCACAUCUCACAUCCGAAUUCCUCGCUCUCUUUCUCUCUCUCUCUCUCUCUCUCUCUCUCUCUCUCUCUCUCUCUCUCUCUCUCACUCCCACACAUACGAGCAUAAUCGCGCGUGUCAGGCACUUCGAUGGCACUUGGUGCCUAUUCUAUUGCUCUCCUAUCCUCUCACUCGCUCUCUCGCUCUUUCUCCCUCAAGUGCCAUCACAGAGAUAGCCCGGCACGCGAGCCGAGUAGGAAAAUCGAGCAAGAGGAAGGAGAGGAGAGAGAGAGAGAGAGAGAGAGAGAGAGAGAGAGAGAGAGAGAGAGAGGAGGCUGAACCGCCCACGCAGGACGGCAGCGUUCGCCCUUGCAGGAGCAGUGCGGGGCGGUGGUGGUAGUGCCGAGCGGUGGGGGCAGUCGCGGAGAUCUACGGCGCAUGCGCCGCUGCGUGAAUUUGACGGAGCCAUGGAGCGGCCGGCGCGCCAUACGAACGACGACGGGUCGCGCACUACGAGUAGGGCGCUGGUCGGCUCCGAAACCCCUCGAACCAACGAGAACCAACGAAGUCGCUCGCACGCACCGACGGAGAGAGGAGAGGAGAAGAGAGAGAGAGAGAGAGAGAGACAGAAAGAGAGAGAGAGAGAGAGAGAGAGAGAGAGAGAGAGUGCGCCAGAGAAAGAGAAGAGGAAGAGACCGCCGCCGACAGAUAGAGCGCGAAGCUGCCCCUCGCGCGAACGCACGCAGUUUCUCUUGGUCGAGGACGGCCGAUCGACGCCCGCUUGGAGUUUGAGCUCAGACAAGCUUGACAGGGGUUUUUACGACGGAGAGCCGAGGUCUCCGAUAAACAGUAUCACAAGAAUAUUUUAAGCAACAGAGACAGAACACCGACAGAAUGUCGUCUUCUGCGGUAGCUAAAUCUUCGAAGUACUCGUACCGCUCGAGCGGAGCUGGUGGAUCGGCUGACGUCAGCAUCGAGUACAGCGCCGACCUGAGCGCUCUCUCCAGGCUCGAGGACAAAAUCCGCCUGCUACAGGAUGACCUCGAGUCCGAGAGGGAGCUGCGUCAGAGGAUUGAACGCGAGCGCGCCGACUUGAGCGUGCAAGUCAUCCAGCUGUCCGAACGCCUCGAAGAGGCCGAGGGUGGCGCCGAAUCUCAGUUCGAAAUUAACAAGAAGCGAGACACAGAGUUGAUGAAGCUGAGGAAACUCCUCGAGGACGUGCACCUGGAGAGCGAAGAGACGGCCCACCUUCUGCGCAAAAAGCACCAGGAGGUCGUCGUCGAUUUCCAGGACCAGAUCGACCAGCUCUCCAAGGCACGCGCCAGGGCCGACAAGGAAAAAUCGAAAUUCCAACAGGAAGUUUACGAGCUUCUCUCUCAGCUGGACAGUAUCACCAAGGAGAAAGUGUUGUCAAUCAAGACCGUUGAAAAGUUGGAGAUUCAUGUUUCUGAACUCAAUGUCAAAAUUGAGGAACUUAACCGCACCAUCGUCGAUAUCACCAGCCACAAAACUCGUCUGUCCCAAGAGAACAUCGAAUUGACCAAGGAAGUCCAAGACUUAAAGGUCAACAUCGAAAACAUCAGCUACUUGAGACAGCAAGUUGUUAGCCAACUUGAGGAUGCUCGUCGUCGUCUGGAAGAUGAGGAACGUCGCCGAUCCCUCGUCGAGGCUUCCCUCCACCAGGUUGAGAUCGAAAUUGAAUCCGUUCGCGUCCAACUGGAGGAAGAAUCCGAGGCUCGUCUGGAACUGGAGCGUCAAUUGGUCAAGGCCAACGGCGAAGUAUCCAUCUGGAGAUCCAAGUACGAGACCGAGGCUAACGCACGCGCCGAAGAGGUCGAGGAAAUCCGCAGAAAAUACACCGUCCGCAUCCAGGAACUGGAAGAGCACAUCGAAACUCUGCUGGUCAAGAUCAAUAACCUCGAGAAGCAGAAGUCUCGCCUCCAAUCUGAAGUCGAAGUCCUGAUCAUCGACUUGGAGAAGGCCAAUGGAACCGCUCGGGAGUUGCAGAAGCGCGUCGAACAAUUGGAGAAGGCCAACAUCGAACUGAAGUCUCGCCUCGAGGAGACCAUCAACCUCUACGAGACCAGCCAACGCGAUCUCCGCAACAAGCAACAGGAGCUCCAGCGCACCAACGCCGAGCUCGACAAGACUCGUGAACUCAAGGAUCAGCUGGUCCGUGAGAAUAAGAAACUUGGAGAUGAUCUUGGCGAUGCUAAGAACCAGCUUGCUGACAUGAACCGCAGACUUCACGAGCUCGAGCUGGAACUCCGUCGCCUGGAGAAUGAGCGCGAGGAGCUUGCCGCUGCCUAUAAGGAAGCCGAAGCCGGCCGCAAGAUCGAAGAGCAGCGUUCGCAGCGCCUGUCCGCCGAGUUGAGUCAACUCCGUCACGAGACCGAGCGUCGCAUCGCCGAGAAGGAUGAGGAAAUCGAAGCCAUCCGCAAGCAGACCAGCAUCGAGAUCGAGCAGCUGAACGCCCGCGUCGUCGAAGCUGAGAUCAAGCUGAAGACCGAAGUCCAGCGCGUCAAGAAGAAGCUCCAGAUCCAGAUCACCGAGCUCGAGCUGUCCCUCGACGUCGCCAACAAGACCAACCUCGAUCUUCAGAAGACCAUCAAGAAGCAGUCGCUCACCUUGACCGAAUUGCAAGCCCACUACGACGAGGUUCAGCGUCAGCUGCAAGUGACGCUCGACCAGUUGGGCAUCAGCCAGCGCCGCCUGCAGUCCUUGACUUCCGAGCUUGAAGAAGUCCGCGGCAAUUAUGAAUCCGCCCUUCGCGCCAAGAGGACGGUCGAGCAGCAGUACGAGGAGGCCCACAGCCGCAUCAACGAGCUGACGACAAUCAACGUCAACAUCGCGUCCUCGAAGGCCAAGCUCGAGCAGGAACUGUCGACCCUCGCCGGCGACUACGAGGAGGUGACGAAGGAGCUGCGCGUCAGCGACGAGCGCUACCAGCGCGUGCAGAACGAGCUCAAGCACACCGUCGAGAUCCUGCACGAGGAGCAGGAGCGCAUCGUCAAGAUCGAGGCGAUCAAGAAGAGCCUGGAGAUCGAGGUGAAGAACCUCUCGGUGCGCCUCGAGGAGGUCGAGGCUAACGCCAUCGUCGGCGGCAAGCGCAUCAUCAGCAAGCUCGAGGCCAGGAUCCGCGAUCUGGAGCUGGAGUUGGACGAGGAGAAGCGCCGCCACGCCGAGACGGUGAAGAUCCUGCGCAAGAAGGAGCGCAACAUCAAGGAGGUGAUGAUUCAGGUGGAGGAGGACUCGAAGAACAUCGCCCUGCUUCAGGAGUCCCUGGACAAGGCUUGCCAGAAGGUCAACAUCUACAAGCGCCAGCUGCAGGAGCAGGAGGGCAUGUCCCAACAGAGCGUGACGAGGGUGCGCCGCUUCCAGCGCGAGCUCGAGGCCGCGGAGGACCGCGCCGACACCGCCGAGUCCAACCUGACCCUCAUCCGCGCCAAACACCGCAGCUUCGUCACCACGUCCACGGUCCCCGGCUCCCAGGUCUACCUCGUCCAGGAGUCGAGGCAGGAGCUGUAAAUCCUCAACGCCGCCGUCGCCGCACCUAUGCAUCCUCACUAAGAACAAAACUUUUUCCGGGCGAGCAAGAGACCACAGCGAGGCUGAGCAAGCAUCUGGCGAGUGACAAUGUUAUACGAUACAUAUGACUAUGUACUUCCGCAUAUUAAUACAUAUGAGACAUUUUAUUAAUAAAAAUCGAUGGAAAAAAAAGAAAUAAACGAAAGAGUCACACACGAGGCCUCUCACAUCACUAUAUAUAGCAUAUAUGCACGCACGAGUUUCUCUCCUCCACGAGCUUUCUUUCUCUCUCACUCGCUCGCAGCACAUCAUACAUUAUUAUACUAAGCAUAAACACACACAUACAAGCGACAUACACACACACACACACAUGAGAAGGAGAACCACGCGGCACGAAUUGAGCAGCGUCGCGUGGUCUGCAUAUUAAGAAAAUGUAUUUAAGUAAUUAUAAAGAAAUGAUUUCAAACUACUCGAUUACUACUAGAUAAACACAUAUAUUACCAGUUAUCUAAUGGUAGUAGAGUAGUUCGUAAGUGUUUUGAACACCACCUAAUGGUGUUUUUAUGUAUACUAAAUCUGUUGUACGGCUAUAACCAGCCUUAUAAUUUAAUAAAUAAACUGAAACGCGUA